AUGCCUCCAAAAAGUCACUAUAAAUCUAGAAAGCCUGUUCGUGGAGGAGGACAUCGCUUUACAAACCCUAGGAACCUCGAGAGUGGAGAUUCUGAAGGGUGGGAGUAUAGAAAUAAAAGAGAAAUAAAAAAAGAUUCUGGGGAAAGUUCCGAGGAAAAUGAAAGUGGAAAUGAAUUAAAUGGUUCUAAUGCUUCAGAGUCGAGCGAAGAAGAAUUGGAUGAAUCAAAAUUUGAAAUAUCAAAUCCCAACCGAAAUAAUAAAAAAGACAGUUUAAAAGUAUCAGAUAUUUCAUCGACUAGAGAAUUGUCUAGAAGAGAAAGAGAAGCUUUAGAAAAAGAAGCAGCUAGACAAAGAUAUUGGAAACUUCAUUUAGAAGGCAAAACAGAUCAAGCUAAAGCAGAUUUAGCACGUUUGGCUGUUAUAAGGAAACAACGAGAAGAAGCAGCUUCACAAAGAAAAGCCGAUGCUGAAGCUAAAACUGAAGCACACAAAGUAAAAUUAGAAAAAGAGGGUCGAAGAA